CUGAACAAUCUCAUCCCCCGAAGUCACUCGUUCCAACGGGAACCUCCGAUCUCUCUGACUCCCAGACUAUGAAUAGUAAAAGCAAAAGUCUUGUGAUGCCAGUCGAUUCAGCAAAAUUGAACAUAUCAGAAGCAGACGCCAAGACUGUGUCUUCUGCGUUAGCUGCGUCAGACAUCCACGAAAACAUCUCGGACGUCAGCUUGGCAACGCCAGACACCUACAAAAAUCUCACCGAGGCAAGCUUUGUGUCGGAAACUAAGAUGACCUGCACGGAAACGUUAGAGAUUAAGAUUAUUACACUCUCCGAGGACACGAGAACCAAGAUGACCCUGACAAAAAUGGUCUCGACCAAGGUGACACCCACGACAACACUCGGCGUUCUCACUCCCUCCCAUGUUGAGGGCGAGCUGGAGGAAAUCGAAACGCCGGUAGUAGUCAAACCUAAUAUUCUAAACUCCCCGCGUGUUAAAAGCCCCUCUAAGGACAGCUCUCCAGAUUUCACUCUUGCACGAACGGUAAACCAAAACUCUGAUCAGAGAGAAAAGAAAAUUGGUUUGUCUCUUACUGUCGAGAGUAACGACUUUGUUGGAAUCGAAGGUGAAGAAAGACGUAAAACUGGAGGUCACAGGUUAGCAGACACCGUGCGAGCCAGCAGGAGCGAAAGAAGAAGACACAGUGCUUCCGCCGACUCUUCGGGUCACGUGACCAGGUGCAACUCGAUGCAUUCGGAUUUGACCCCCAAGAUGACGGUGGAGCUGAAACGGUCGCAUUCUUGCGACAUCGAGCAUCCGGCGGUGAAACGGUUCAAAUACAACAAAGAAGAGGUCUUGGACUUCAGCGGUCUGCCCACCCUUGAACGGCAGUCUUUCAUGUCGGAGGCCUUCAAAAGGCUUUACAAGCAAGAAGGGUUACGCGAGUGCAUGAAGACGGCGGCGGGUUUGUACCUACAGCCCAUGACAGGUGUGUACCUGCACGACAUGACCGUCGGUUACGUGGAACACGUGACCUCCUCCCGUGACCCUCCGGAAGAGGACACUCCCAGCAGUCAGUGCGCGGCCCCGCCAAUAGAGAACGAAGUGGUGAGCUCGGGAUGCGAAUCUCAAACCUCCUGUACCAGCGGGCAAACUGGCCAACCGGACCCCGCUCCACCUCUCGCACCCAUGGACACCAUGAGCCAAAGCGAGGUGUCCGAGUCUCGCGAUGCUGACUGUAGUCGAGCGACCCCUAUCGACGAUGUGGAGGAGGCUUUGCAUCAGGUGCAGUUGUCAUCGUCAAUGUCCGAGUCGCACCCGGGGUCAGAAAGCAUCGCCGACAAAGACGAAGAAACUCUAGCCGAGGAGGUAAAGCCAUGUUGCCCAGGAGACGCGGCCAUAAAAAGCCCUGACGACGACAGGAUGGACGAGACGAAUGUUCCAUGUCCAGAAGGUGAGUCUGCGCGCGCACCAGACCACGUCGUGGCCGUCGUCGACAUGAACGACAGGGGCGAGGACGACUCUUGCCGCCGCUUGAUGCUGACCGACGACCUCGAGGAUGAGGACGACUCUGCUGCUGACUGUGACCACGACACCAUGAGCCUGGACUCCGGAGAGGAGUACACCAUCGUGGCCAUCGACCCUGCUGACCUUGCUGCUGACACAGAUUUCAUUGUUGCUGCUGCCUCUGAUGAGGACGAAGACUCUCAGUCGUCGGACUUGGACAUGGCUUGUCCGAUGCCCCACUUUUCUGCUGCUGUUGUUGCUGCUGAUGAUGAUGAUGCUGGCAAAGGGUUCACUUCUGGUUCUGGUGUCGAUGACGAAACCAGUAAACAAAGCAUGGACGUAGACAGGGUGCAUUCAGACACUGUGGCGCCCGUGCAAGAUGUGCACAAAAUGGCAAUGAGUGAUGAUGAUGAUGAGGACAAAAGCGAGAAACCGAUGACGGACUCUGGGAUAAUAAUGCCUGUGAUAGUAGAGAAGGACAAAUAUCUGCCCGAGGUUUCUGGCAACGAGGAGUUGAUGGCCUGCACAGACGUAGAACCAGGAGAGGCAAGAGGAAUAGAAGCAUCACAGGCGCCGUCUACAUCCCCUGUGAUGGAACCAAGUGCAGACAACUCCGAAAGCUUGUGCUCUCAGAAUAUCUCAGUGACCCAGGAAAGCAAACAAAAUCAUGAUCCUUUGACCCCUGAGAUCCAGCACGAGUCGGUUCCUGUAGCAGAACAAACUCCCCUGCGGGUGGACAUCUUGGGCCCAGGAAGUCCACGUGGAUCUUUGACUGAAGAAAACACAAACAAUGCAAAGUUACACAGGAAUUCAGAAACUCCACAAGAAGAAUAUCCCAUCGCCCCAGAGAGCCAAGAUGGUAGUGGUGUAGAAAGUGAUGAGACAAGGAUGUCUCCUGUCUCGAAAUCGAACUCUAUCACUUCAGACAUCAGUGAUGGACAGAGUGUAACGGAAGACGUAGUAGACACGUGUGUGAAGUGUGUGACAUUCUGUAACACUUUAUCUGACAAUUCUUCCUCGCACUUCGAGAACCAGGCAUCACCAGCAGCAACAACAGUGGAGGCAGCAACAGCAGAACCAGUAACAACAGCGGCCAACUCUUUUGAAGUGAUGGUCAUUACAGGGCAGGAUGGCUGUCUCGCAGGACAGCACAGGGACGAAGCAGCAGACUUUUCUCCUGUUAGUGAAAGAGCGGAAACGGAAGUGAAUGUGUCAGGAGAUGAGCGUCCACCAACACCUGCGUGUGACGUGUCUCGUGGUGUUAGUGGAGGAGAGUCAGACCUGGACGGACAAUCCACGAACGAUUCUCACCUCCACUCAGAGCCGAUGUCGCCGAAGCCGUCGUCAGAAGGUCCUCCCCAAGUCCAGAACCUGGACCUCGAGCAACACGUUCAAGCUGCCAACGUGCAGAACACCGGGGACAGACUGAACACAUCAGAUCCACUUCCGCCGGAAGAGACAGCGACAGUGUUGUCACAGGUCAGCGCAUGCGCGGCACCUGGAACAUCUGGGACAAACACAGCGUCUACCGACCUCGCGGCAAGCAGUGUCGGGAACGUUCCUCCUCGCGCGGGCGAGGAGAGUGAAGUCACGGGUGCGUGUUCACGUCCACCCAGACAGCAAGACACUCAGACACCCAGCGCUUCUCAGCCCAGCGAGGGUUCCGAGGACUUCAGGAUGAAGGCUUACCUGCUGGAGAAAAUGGUGGAAGAACUUCGAAACGAACUGCUGGAGAUGAAACGAAAAAACAUGGAGUUGGAGUCCAAGAAAACCAGUUGAUGCAAAGGUCCGUGUAUGAAUUCGAACUGCUGUUCUGAGUGGCAUCACCCACAGACGUCAUGACAACCCAUGCUUGGAUAACUGACAUCCAACAACUCCAGGCAAAUGUUGAUCUCAAGGAGUUUAUCUGACUCUCCUGACGUCACAGUUUACCUCCAUCCUCUCCACCCUACAAUCCGUUAAAAGCCUCUCCUCUAUUCGCAAACAUCUACAUCAGCUAGUCUUCGCCGAGGUCGUUCUCGGACGAUAGAAUGGCCGUGUGUGACUGGCUCCCUGGAUUAUCGUUCUUGGCGGAAGCGGACGCUGACGUGCCGCCAUGUCUGAACACUGGGACUGUAUAUCACUGUGAUGGACAGGAUAUUGUGGCAGCUUUACUUGUACUAGCUUGAAUGGACGACAGUGUAUCACAGAUGUCCAUGGACCUGGCGCUAGGCACCGUUCUUGUAGCUCUUUCCCUCAGCACCAGACUGAACAUACCCGGAUGUAGCGCCUUAGCUUUGUCCAAGAAAAUGGUCUACGGGGAGAAUUUCUACGUUGUCUUGUUUCGUGUACUGCAGUGAAACUAAAAACUAUCGGAUCCAGUAUUGCUCUGUGCCUAAAAUUAUGCGUUUGUAGAAUUUAUUAUUCAACAAAAUCUGAACUCGCGGUGACAGCACUAUCCUUCAAAGCAUACAACACACAUACACACACCACCACAACAACAACAGCAAACAAAAAUAAGAAAGGAGAAAACACACAAACACAUACACAACUUAUAAAACUACAUAUUUUCUGCCCAAGAGCAGCUCUGUCUUCCCAUAUGAAUGUUUUCUGUGUAAAGAAUGUAAACCCGCGUGUCUACCUUGACCUCUGCACUCUGUUGCCACUGUCAUCAUAGAUGUGAAGCCUCUAUCACUGUUAAUAAACUGUUACAGAUAUA